AAUACAUAUACUGUCCAGUAGCAGAAAUACAUAUACUUUCCUUUCUGAUUACUUUGCAGUAGUAAAGCUUCCUAAAACGACAAAUUUAGCUUCUUUCUUGUAUAACACAGUAUGUUAAAUCCGAAUUUCCAGAAUCCUUGAGAUACCCCAUGAAUCAUCUUACUGUAAAAAGAUGUCCAAAACUGAACUUUUAAAAGCAGUUUCUUGAUUCAUUACAAGAGUUGACCCCUCUCUCAAUAUUGAACUCUGAAAUUCAUGAUCUUUUUCUGAUAGCAACCUUUUCUUGGUUCAAAUACAACUGUGAAAUUGAGACCCCCUUUGGAUUCUUGAGGUUCUUGGCGUGUCUCUAAAUAGUUUAAAAGUAUGGGAAUUUGGGCUGUGAAUCAUGGGGUUUUAGUUAAAAUAUUUGUGCUGUGUAUGAUGGUUAGUUCAGUGAUUUGUAUAGGAGCAAAUUGGGGAACUCAAUCAACUCACCCGUUGCCUCCUUCCACUAUUGUAAAGCUGCUUAGGGACAAUGGAAUUCAGAAAGUUAAGCUUUUUGAUGUUGACCCAAGCAUAUUGUAUGCUCUGGGUGGUUCUGGGAUUGAAGUCACGGUGGGAAUUCCAAACGAUAUGUUGUCCUCUUUAGCCAACAGUGUUGCUGCGGCUGAAUUGUGGGUUCAGAGGAAUGUCUCUGCACAUAUUUCAUCCAAUAGUGUGGACAUCAGAUAUGUUGCAGUGGGAAAUGAGCCAUUCUUAACGACAUUAAACGGGACCUACACAGGAACCACUUAUCCUGCUCUUCAAAAUGUCCAGGCAGCUCUUAUUAAGGCUGGACUUGGGACUCGAGUGAAGGUAACCAUCCCCUUAAAUGCUGAUGUGUACAAGAGUUCAACUCCCCUGCCUUCCACUGGUGAUUUUCGAUCAGACAUUCAUGACCUCAUGGUGCAGAUAUGUCAAUUCUUGAGUAAUAGUGGUUCCCCUUUCACCGUGAACAUCUAUCCAUUUAUCAGUCUUUACAAUGACCCCAACUUUCCCACUGACUAUGCCUUCUUUGAUGGAUAUUCAACACCAAUUAAUGACAAUGGAAGGAUCUACAACAACGUAUUUGAUGCAAAUUAUGAUACCCUUAUUUGGGCCUUGCAGAAUAAUGGAAUUGGAAACUUGUCUAUAAUUGUUGGAGAAGUUGGAUGGCCAACUGACGGUGAUCUCCAUGCAAAUAUCCAGUAUGCUCAGAGGUUCAAUCAAGGGUUCAUGUCCCAUAUGGGCAAGGGAACUCCAAUGAGACCAGGUACAGUGGAUGCAUAUUUGUUUAGUCUGAUUGAUGAGGAUGCAAAAUCCAUUAAGCCAGGUAACUUUGAACGCCACUGGGGAGUAUUCAACUAUGACGGGACACCAAAAUACAAUCUUAGCUUAGGUUCAAACUCUGUAGGAUUGGUAGCAGCAAGUAAUGUUCAAUAUCUUUCCCGUCAAUGGUGUGUCAUGUCGUCUAACACAAGCCUUGAUGAUACACAAGUAGCACCUAGUGUGAGUUACGCUUGUUCCCAUGCUGAUUGCACGAGUCUCGGAUAUGGUACAUCAUGUGGGAAUCUAGAUGCUCGUGGCAACAUCUCAUAUGCAUUUAACAGUUAUUACCAGGAGAAUAACCAGCUCCUAAGUGCAUGCCAAUUUCCAGGUCUUUCAGUUGUCACCACGACUGAUCCGUCACAGGGAGUUUGUGUAUAUAAAGUUAUGAUACGAACGAGCACUCUGGGUGGAGGUGCAAACGUGAGUAGUGGUUUUCUAAGUGAACCUAGUAAUCUGUUGCUUCUCCUGUUCAUGAUACUUCUGACUCUUUUGUGAAGUUUUUGGGUAUUUUAUGAUUGAUUAUAUAUUCGUUCAAGUAAGGACUCCUGUUUUUUUCCACGCUGUUAAUGAUACUUGAAUUAGAAGAAACAUUUUUUUACCCCAAAGUCUAUAUGAAGCGUAGAUAGUUGAAGUUUUCUUCUUUAGAACUUGUGAAGGUCCCGUGUGAUUAUUCCAUUCUGUAAAGAUGCCGUGUGAUUAUUCCAUUAUGUAAGGAUGUCUUGUUCA